AUGAAGUUACCGAAAUUGAAUGAUCUUGAAAUACCAAGAUGUGUACGUGAGGACUUUGCAGAAGAUUCCAGAUUUUCCAUCCAUGUUUUUUGUGACGCAAGUCAGAGUGCCUACGCUACAUGUAUCUUCUUGAGAGCUGAAUCUGCUGAUAGCACGUCGUGCCAGUUGAUACAAGCUAGAAAUAGAGUUGCUCCUUUGAAAAAGAUCUCUAUUCCACGGCUAGAACUUUUGUCCUGCACUAUUGGAGCUAGAUUGGCAAAAGCAAACAUAUCCGAACUUGGACUUGAGAACAUACCAAUCUUCUACUGGUCUGACUCUUUGAAUGCUUUAUAUUGGAUCAAAAGAAAUGAGAAUUGGGCCAUGUUCGUUUACAACAGGGUACUGGAAAUCCGUAAACUCACUAAUCCUGAAGACUGGAGGCAUAUAAGUGGAACAUUAAACCCAGCUGACCUUCCAUCACGAGGUUCCAAUGCAGAGGAACUUGUGAAAUCUCUUUGGUGGAAGGGUCCAAAUUGGCUGAGAAUGCCUAUAGAAGAUUGGCCUGUUUCGGAAACUAUGCCAGAUUUCGACGUUGUAAACUCCGAAAAGAGAAAAUCUAUUGUGUCUGUCACUAACACCACGACAGAGCAAUUAGAGUACUUUUCUAAGACAUUCCUGGAUUCAGAUGGUUUAUUAAGAGUAAAGACCAAAAUUUCUCUAAGAAGUGAUCUACCGACAUUUAGAUUUCCAAUUUUGCUGCCUUCAAAGCAUGAUGUUAUUGGAAAACUUAUUUUUGAAAAGCAUGUUGAACUUAGUCAUGCUGGGAUACAGAUUUUGAUGUCGAGUUUAAGGGAGAAUUAUUGGAUCUUAAAAAGCAGAAAGACAAUACCUCAAGUAAUAAGGACUUGUGUAAUAUGCCAACGUUUUUCAUCUCGGCCAUUAGAAGUAGCAAGUGCUCCACUACCCGAAGAUCGCGUCAGAGAUGCUUAUGUUUUUGAAGUAGUAGGAGUUGACUUGUGCGGACCACUAUAUUUGAAAAACAAAAGCAAAUGUUGGGCUGUACUUUUUACAUGCGCAGUUUAUCGUGCAGUCCACAUCGAGCUGGUAACAAGUUUAUCAACAGAUAGUUUUAUUCUAGCUUUACGAAGGUUUAUUUCUAGAAGAGGAAGACCAGCUACAAUUUAUUCAGAUAAUGGAACCAACUUAGUGGGUACUUCUAAUGAGCUGAAAUCUGUUGAUUGGGUUAAAAUACAAGAAUAUGCCUCAGUAAAGAAAAUCCUGUGGAAAUUCAACCCCCCAUCAGCCCCAUGGUGGGGUGGAUUUUGGGAAAGGCUUAUAGGUAUGUUGAAAUCUAUCUUAAGAAAAAUUCUUGGAAAGGCCUCCUUACAAUUUGAAGAAUUGUACACUGUACUAUGUGAUGCUGAGGGCAUUAUAAAUUCAAGACCUUUGACAUACUUAAGUGAAGACAAUGAGGACCUUAUAGCAUUAACACCUGCUAUGUUUUUACAAGAUGUAAAAGAAAUAGGAGUUCCAGAUAUAGAUCAAAUAGAUGCUAAGAGAAUGAAUAAAAGAUUCUUCUACAGGCAAAAAGUGUGUCAAGAUCUCAGAAAACGUUUCAGAAUCGAAUAUCUUGGACAUCUUAGAGAAUUUUCAAAGAUUCGUAAUGAAUCUAAAAUUAAAGAAGGAGACAUUGUUCUCAUCGGUGAUAGUAACGUCAAGCGAAUAAAUUGGCCUUUGGGAAGAGUCAUCAAAUUAUAUCUUGGAAAAGACAAGAAAGUUCGUCUCGUGGAAGUCCAGACCAAAUCUGGGUCUUUCCUACGUCCAAUCCAGAGACUUUUAACUCUUGAGGUCAGCCAAAGUGAAAAAUCUGCUAUCCCAUGUCUCCCAAAGAGUGAUUCUCCAUCCACAAUGAUGAUUCCUGAUGGUACACCUACCUCUAGUGACUCUCAUGCUGUUUCAGAUGUGAGACAACCAAGAAGAUCCCGUUAUGGCCGGCUUUUAAAGCCCAAUGCUCUCCUAGACUCAUUGGUUUGA